AAGGAUGUUUGAAAAAGUAAUAAUAAAUGUCGGUGGACAAACGUUUGUAACUAAAAGGAGCACUCUUCAACGAUACCCGGACACAAAGUUGGCGAACAUCUCUGAAACCUGCGAACAUUUUGAUAAAACUACCGAAGUGUACUACUUUGAUAGAAAUCCAGUGAUAUUCCAGUCGGUACUAGACUAUUAUCGAACAGGAAAACUGCAUUUUCUGUCUAACAUCUGCGUAGAGCAAAUCCGUGAUGAGCUUGAAUUUUGGGAAAUAUCAACCACUGAUCUCGGCCCAUGUUGUUGGAAAUAUUUCUAUACCGUUGAUAGUGACUUGAAGACCUGCGAUGUUAUCGACAAAUAUUUUUUCCAAAACAAUUGUUUUCGUUACAGUUCGAAAAGCUCUCUUACAAAUGUCAAAAGCAGAAUAUUGAAUGUACUGGAAAAUCCAAGGUCAUCGAAUCUUGCAUUAGUAUGGCAGAUAUUUUACUUGAGUGUUGUAUGCCUAGCGAUACUUGUAUCAGUAAUACAAUCAUUUGAGUUAACUGGACGGAAUACGAAGGAAAAUAAAAACGUGACAUCAGAGGAAAGCAUGAAAGAACGUCUAACUGAUCACGAUAACUGGAUUGGCGUUGUAACUCAUGUAUGCAACGUGAUUUUCACAUUAGAAACAACGCUACGUUUAGCAACUUGUCCGUGUAAAUUAGAAUUUUUUCGAAGUUUUUUAAAUAUUGUUGAUAUCAUGUCUGUAUUUGGAUAUUUUGCGCACAUUAUAGUUAGUGCCUUUCCAGACUCGAACGAAUCAGUCUUCAUUUUCUCGUAUGCUUUGGUAAUUUUGCGCGGUUUCAGAUUUUUCCGUCUUGAGCGUUUUAUAGAAGGUUUACGCAUAAUGCUUCUGUCGAUAAAGCAAAGUAAGAAGAUGCUGUCCUUGCUUAUUUUGGUUUUGCUUAUUUCAGCCAUUAUUUUUGGGAUAACUAUACACAUUGUAGAAAUGAAUGGUCCUUUCACGGAUCCAAUCAGCAGUUUUUAUUGGGCUCUCAUCACCAUGACAACAAUAGGUUACGGAGAUAUUUACCCCAAAACAAAAUAUGGACAGAUUUUAGCAUCAGUGUGCGCAACCUUUGGCUUGUUCCUGUUGAGCAUGCCCAUUGCGGUUGUUGCCAACACUUUCACUGAUUUAUACAAAAGAUAUUGUGAACAUCAAUGUCAUCUACUUCACCAAAAUAAACGCAUCUGGUGUAAAAAUGACCCAAAAGAGUUGAUUCCGAUCAAAUACUGAUUCAGAAUGCGGAAUUUUAUAUUACAUUACUGCAUUGUUUCAUCUACUUCACCAAAAUAAACGAACCUGGUGUAAAAAUGGCACUUCGGAAUUGAUUCCGAUCAAAUACUGAUGCAGAAGUUUGACCUUUAGAACAAACUACGUGUGUCUGUUAUUUUAGAGUUUGCAUUUCGGUUACAUAAAACAUUUAAAUUAGUAAAAUAUCUAACCGUGUUUUUUAUCUAUUUUAUCUAAUAAAAAUUUAGCAAGCAAA